UGUGUUGCAGAUGUGGGGGGGUCACCAUCCCGGCAGCUCGCCCUUCACCCUGCUCUCCCUAACUCUCCUCUUCCAAGCCCCGCCCACGGUCCCAGCACACCCUCGGCCGCCCUACCAGGUGAUGUCGGGGCCGUGGCCGGGGCGCCUCCACGCUCCCCACAGGAGUGUUUGGGCGUGGCCGCAGGAGCAGCGAGAGCGAGUGGAGGCGGAGGAGGAGCACGUGUUGGUGCGUGUGCGGCAGGCGGGCGAAGAUGGCGAGGGCGUGCGCUCCAACGGGCCGUUGACCUCCAUGGUGGGCGGUCUGCAGAGCGUGAGCCGGGAGAAAGGCGGCUUCGGCUUCCGCUUCGGCAGGAAGAGAUGGACCAAUGAGGCCUGGAGGGGGCGGGGCUAAAGUCUCUUCUUCCCAUGGACUCUUCUUCUUUGUCUUUAUCAGUGACAUGAAACCAUGGCAACCAUCACUUCAAUGGAAUAAAUGGA